AUGACUACAGCAAAUGGAUUUUUUGCUGAUGGAGGCAGCGCCUCGAAACCUCCCACCUUGUUUUUGCCAAUCAAGGUCGACACUAGUGCGGCCGCUCUCAAAUGCUUGGGCAAUGACAAGUUUUGUGCCAUACACACCUAUGAGUAUGAUUAUACAGACGGUUUGAACGCGCCUGACACUAGUGCCAGCAUUUCAAACUUGUCACGCUGGGGGCUGGAAGAGCUUGUUCUCUCUAGGAGAAUCUAUAAUGCCGACUUUGACCUUAAGAAUGCCAUAAUCUACGGCGAGACCCCAGUCACCAUGGCCACCGCAAACGCGAGCAACAAUGCCUCAGCAGAAAACACUGUAGAAUUCAAGUUUGCAUACAAGGAUGGUAAGAGCAGCACGUGGAAGGCCAGCCACUCGUGGAUGAUAGGCAUGAGUGUCUCUACCAGCCUCAAAAUUCCAUUCAUCGGCGGUACUGACGUCACUGCUAAAGCGGAGUAUUCUGGAUACUAUGAGUGGGGAGAGACCAUUACAUCUGAAAACAUAUUGGAGACCACCUACAAGGCUACAGUGCCGGCAAACACUUCUAUAUAUGUGAGCCUGAUGGCGACCAAGGGAAGUUGUGACGUGCCUUACUCGUAUUAUCAGAAGGACGUGCUUUAUAACGGUAAAUCCGUUAUCUAUACGAAGGAUGAUGGGGUGUACACGAGUGUCAAUUCAUACAAUUUCCGCUACGAGACUACAGCACGGAAAGAGCCGGUAUCUAUAGCUGAUUUGCAGGACCCGUCGGCUGACCCCACCACAGAGCAGAUGUUGCCGGACCCAUCAGUCGACCCCACCAUAGAACAAAUGAUACUUGAGCCCGUGCCGUCUGGAUCAACCACCAGAGUGCAACACAAGUUCAAAAGCAUAGCUUGA